AAUCUGUAGCGCUUCCGAGGCUGCUGUCUGGUGGCUUCGCGGACUUAGAGCCCACCGACGGAGUCAUCCUGCGGAAUGGAAUGAUUAUUUGCAGCACAGGGAAGGCCUGCGCGGUGUUUCCUGCCCUUUCCCCCUCGACGUCACUUCCAAGAGCGCGCGCGUCUGCCUUGCGUUCGAGAGCGUUGCGAGGCUCUUCCUCCGUGAAGCUUUCGGGCCGAGAGGAUCGAUCCAGAGCCAGGCGCUUCGAGUGGUUCUUCUGCUUCGCAGACAUGACUGAGGCAGAAGUGAAUCCUAAAGCUUAUCCACUAGCUGAUGCUCAACUCACCAAGACGCUGCUUGAUCUUGUACAGCAGUCCUGUAAUUACAAACAGCUACGCAAAGGAGCCAAUGAAGCUACUAAAACUUUGAACAGAGGCAUUGCUGAAUUCAUUGUGAUGGCUGCAGAUGCGGAGCCCCUUGAGAUCAUCCUUCACCUCCCACUGCUUUGUGAGGACAAGAAUGUGCCCUACGUGUUUGUGCGCUCCAAGCAGGCCCUGGGGCGGGCAUGUGGUGUUUCUCGGCCUGUCAUUGCCUGUUCAAUUACUAUCAAAGAAGGCUCACAGCUAAAGCCACAGAUUCAGUCUGUCCAACAAGCUAUCGAGAGACUAUUGGUCUAAAUCUUAACAGACCUCUCACUUACUAAACUAAAAUAACUCUGUGAAAGAUGAGUCUUGUCACUUGUACAAUGUUUACUACUGUUUUUGUUUUCUACCAGAUCUCCCUUCAUUACACUUGCCAUUUAGAUGUUUAACAAGACGAUGUCCAGUCUUUUAUUUUAAAUUCUUCAUUCUGAUGCAACUCUCCCCAGUGGAAUUUUAGUUAGCCUAUCCUUUUCGGCAAUAAACAAACUUCAUUUGCAGAAGAUUAGGCUGAAGAUUUGUAAAUACAAAACAUAUGACCUUCUUCUGGUCAAUAUGAUGUUCACCCAUUGAUGGUGCACAUCUUUAAAAUACUAGUCCUAAUACAACUUGCUAGAACACUGUUAGAAAUAAAGGGCAGAUGGAAUAAUAUUGUCAAAGGCAGUGGCUUUAACUUUUUAUAUAUAUUAAAAACACAAUUAUGUUUGUA